CUCCAAUGAUCAGUGGUACAGGAUGAAGGUAAGAAGAGGCAGGACGAAGGCCACUGCUUUGUUAAAGCCUGGCGUGCAAGGUGGUGCUGAGAACGGGGAACCUUCCCAAACUCAGAGGGGAGACUUUCUCUGCAAGUUCACAAACCAGGUGCUGCAGGAUAAGAUUCACCACCAUGCUAUCCUCUAUCCUGUUUUGGGGACUUGUUGCUCUCAUUGGCACUUCUAGGGGCUCAUACCCUUUCACUCAGUCAAUGAGCCCUCACCUGCAUCCCCGCCUGUACCACGGCUGCUACGGUGAUAUCAUGACCAUGGAGACCUCUGGUGCUUCUUGUGAUAUAACCAGGUUGAUUAACUGUGGGAUCCGUGGUUCUGAAAUGUUUGCUGAGAUGGAUUUGAGGGCCUUAAAGCCUUACCAGAUUCUGAUCAAAGAAGUUGGGCUCAGGCAUUGUGUGGACCCUGCUCUCAUUGCAGCCAUCAUCUCCAGAGAAAGCCAUGGUGGAGCAGUCCUGCAAGAUGGCUGGGACCACAGAGGACUUAGAUUUGGCUUGAUGCAGCUUGAUAAAAAAAUUCAUCACCCUGUUGGUACCUGGGACAGCAAAGAACACCUUUUGCAGGCUGUUGGGAUUCUAACAGACAAAAUAAAGGCAAUCCAGAAAAAGUUCCCCACGUGGAGUGUGGCUCAACACCUCAAAGGUGGUCUCUCGGCCUUUAAGUCAGGAAUCGAUGCUAUUGCAACCCCAGUGGACAUAGACAAUGACUUUGUCAAUGAUCUUCUCGCCCGAGCUAAAUUCUAUAAAAGACAUGGCUUCUAGGCAAAGCUCUAUGGGUGGGCUGAGUUUGCAGGCAACAACAGAUGUUGACGAGGAUGCGGAGAAAGAGGAUCUCUUUUGCACUGCUGGUGGGAAUGCAAACUGGUGCAGUGACUCUGGAAAACAGUAUGGAGGUUCCUCAACAAAUUAAAAAUAGAACUACCCUACGACCCAGCAAUUGCACUACUGGGUAUUUAUCCAAGGGACACAGGUAUGCUGUUUUGAGAGGGCACAUGCACCCCAAUGUUUAUAGCAGCACCAUCAACAAUAGCCAAAGUAUGAAAAGAGCACAAAUAUCCAUCGAUGGAUGAAUGGAUAAAGAAGAUGUGGUGUAUAUAUAUACAAUAGAGUAUUACUCGGCAAUCAAAAAGAAUGAAAUCUUGCCAUUUGCAACCGUGUGGGUGGAACUGGAGGGUAUUAUGCUAAGCGAAAGUAGUCAGUCGGAGAAAGACAAAUAUCAUAUAACUUCACUCAUAUGAGGGCUUUAAGAUACAAAACAGAUGAACAUAAGGGAAGGGAAGCAAAAAUAACAUAAAAAUAGGGAGGGGGACAAAAACAUAAGAGACUCUUAAAUAUGGAGAACAAACAGAGAGUUACUGGAGGGGUUUUGGGAGGGGGGAUGGGCUAAAUGGGUAAGAGGCAUUAAGGAAUCUAUUCCUGAAAUCAUUGUUGCACUAUAUGCUAACUAACUUGGAUAUAAAUUUAAAAAAAUAAAUUAAAAAAAUUAAAAUGCUGUUUUAAAUUGUGAAAUAAUACACAUACAGAAGAGUACAUGUAAU